AUAAAAUGAGAUUUUUAUUAUUAGUUGCAUUUUUAGCAUUAAUUUCAAUCGUUAGAGGAAAUUUAUACGGUGUAUGGCAAACCAAUAACAUCGCCAAUUUUGGUGUUAUUAACCAACAAGGUCAAACCUCAUUGAAAUUAGAAUUCCCAAAUUUCGUUAAUACCCGUCCAGAUAACAGUGCCAUGAAUAACUUAACCACUAUUAUGACAUUCGUUUUAGCCCAAAAUGGUACCGAAUAUUUAGUUACCGUCAAUGUUGCCAAAAAUAAAGUUAUCUACUUUGUCCCAAUUCCAAGCAAUUUAGGUCAAAUCGAAGGUCUUAGAUAUGAUAGUGACGUUAAUUCAUUAAAAGUAUGUAUUCCAACUAACAAUAAUACCUACAUUGUUGGUGAAAUGGAUCCAGCCUCAGCCUCAUAUGAUGUUUAUGGUUAUGUUGAAGGUGUUUUAAUCGGUGUUGGUCUUUCAACCUACAACCAUACCUAUUAUGUUGUCACUGCCUCAACUUCAGAAACCACUUUAUCAAAAUUCGAUACUCGUUCAGCCCAACACAUUGGUGAUGUCGAAUUAAUUAUCCCACAACAAGUUACCUCAGGUCCAUACAACCUUCUUUACAUUCCAGCUUUAGACGAAAUUGUUGGUAAUGUUGUUGUCACUGAUUCAAACGGUAACUCUGGUCAAGAUUACGCCAUUAUUGACCCAGAAACCGGUGCUGUUAAACCACUCGGUAUUUUCUCACCAGCCGAUCAAGUUAAUGUCAUCACCCACGCUGCCCACCAAAACAUUCUCUAUGCCACCGUUAACUAUAACGCUGUUUUACAAUUCAUCUCAAUCGAUCUUAGCCAACAAAAAGUCGUUUCACAAACUCCAGAAGGUACUUUUGUAGUCUCAAUGGGUUAUUUCACUAAUGUUUAAAAAAAAAGAAAAAAGUUGUAUUGUAAAAUAUCACUAUAAUAUAAAUUAUAUUUAAAUCCGAAAAAUAAAAUAAAAAAAAAAAAAAUUUU